AUGAAUAAUAAAAUUAAUAUACUUCAAUCAUUUACAAUUGUAGCUGUAAUGUUUUUCAUUAUUUUUAUGCUUUUUAUGAAAUACAUUCCACUAUACCGAUAUGUAUACAGUGAUAAUUUUAAUAAUGUUUCAGUUUCGAACGAAAAUAUUAAAAAUAACACUGAUUUGUCUCCGCCAUUAAAAUCACCCAUUUUGUUUCUUAUGGUAAAUUUUUUGUACGCGUACACCAUUAUAAUAAUUAUUAUUUGUUUUUAUGGCCUAUACAAAUUUACUGUAACGAAUGAAAUUUUUCCGAUUGGAAAAUGUUCAAGACGAUCCUGUGAUAUCGAGAGCGACAAAACCAGUACUAGUGAAAUCGUUUUGAUUUCUCAAAUCACAGAGGAAGUUGAAUUGAUUUCAGAGAAUAUUCCAUUGCAAAUUUUACCAGAAAUAUCAGAAUCUAAUGCUACUGAUUACCAUUGUUCGUGGGUCGGCGAUUGGAACAAAUAUUAA